CCAAGCGUCCAAGGUACAAAUAGUUCCUACUGAUAGAAGCAGCUAGUGAGGAAUAAACGUCAAACUGCAUGUUUAGUGUUAGUAGAGUGCUUUGUCUGCCGGUCGUUUUCCACCAUUAAAGGAGUAGGACGUGUUUUCUUCAACAGCAUGGCAGAGCCGCAGAGAAAGGGAGAGCUGAUGCCCGAAGACGUCGGUACUGAUGACUGCUUGACUUCAUACACACACAUCUACAGUCCAGAUUUACUCAAAGAUCAGGUUGCAUUAAUCACAGGUGGUGGAUCUGGAAUUGGACUCAGGAUAGCUGAAAUCUUCAUGAGGCAUGGCUGCGACACAGUGAUUGCCAGCAGGAACUUGGAUAAGCUGAAAGAGGUGGCUAAAAAGCUGUCUGCUGUUUCAGGACGCCGCUGUCUCCCUUUGUGUUUAGAUGUGAGGCAACCUGAGAGCAUCGCAGCUGCUGUGGAUGAGACUCUGAAAGAGUUUGGCCGCAUAGACAUCCUUAUUAACAAUGCUGCUGGAAACUUCCUCUGCCCGGCUAGCGCACUUUCCUUCAAUGCCUUCAAGACAGUUAUGGAGAUUGACACUAUGGGCACAUUCAACACCAGCAAAGUGGUUUAUGACAAGUGGUUCAAGGAUCAUGGUGGCAACAUUGUGAACAUCUCUGCAACACUUGGAUACAAGGGACAGGCCCUCCAGGUGCAUGCUGGGUCUGCAAAGGCUGCAAAUGAUGCAAUGACCAAGCACCUGGCUGUGGAAUGGGGGCCCAGUGGGGUGAGAGUCAAUACUGUGGCUCCAGGUCCUAUCUCUGGCACAGAGGGCUACCGUAGACUAGGUGGCCCGAGAGGGGAGGCUGCUGGUGCGUUCCAGUCCAUUCCUUUGCAGCGAGCAGGCAACAAGACGGAGAUGGCUCACUGCACUCUUUUCUUGGCAAGCCGGGUCUCCUCCUACGUGACUGGAGCUAUCUUGGUUGCGGACGGCGGGGCAUGGCUGACAUCAGCUAAUGACGUCUCCAUGCUGUUGGGUAUAGCCUCUAAAUCAGCUAAACUCUGAACAAGAGCUCUCCUGUCCUCCUCCUGACACAGGUUAUUGGUCAUCAGAAAAGAAAAGAGACAAGUAAACGCUGAAAAGAAUAAUUUACAAGCCAUCUGUAGCACUGAUGCUGCAUGCACAGUAUUUGUGGUUUGUCUCAACCACUGCUGCCUAAUGUUUAAGACUGAGUGGAGGAUCUGAACACUAACACCUUAUACUUACUGUACAAAAAAUCUAAAAUGUUAUAUGUAUUUUAGUAAUGGAUCAAAUUAUAUAAGAAAUCAGGGACUUUUCACCCCUUACAGCGCUGUUAACUGUCAUCAUGCAUUUCAUGUGUCAUUUUGUGUGAUUUUUCAUUACCUACCUAUUAAUAAAACUUUUAUAAUUACAGUUAA